AUGACAUGGACCCCAUGGACGACGUCUGUACCUACAGUUUUGGUUGUCUGUGCUGUUGUUGCUUGGUGGUUCACCGAGCCUAAGACGGUACAUCUCAACCUGAUCGUCGUCAUUGGCUGCUUGCUGUUUUUCUGGGCCAUCGCUCCAGAAUUGGCCCAGCACUCGCCUGCCUGGCUCCUCGACACGAGCAUCAAUGUUGUCACCUUUCUCAGGCUCGACUAUCUCGUACUUCAUCACACCAAUAUGCUCGUGACCGGUGCUGCGAUUCUCUGGUUGGUCCAAAGAACAUGGCAAACGCUGAGAAAGCCCGUACCCGAACUCAUUAGCAUCCUCGGUGUCGAUGUUCCUGAUGCCCCUGACGUCUCGCUUGCCGGUAUUCGUCCAGAUGCCGCCACGCUGCACUGGACGCGGCCUCGCGCUAAUCGCCCCGUUUCCAAGUUCCUGAUCCAGGUGAAUGGCAUCUCGGUGGGUGAAUCAGCACCAACAGAGACGGCAAUCACAGUGACGGGGCUGAAGCCGGACCACUACUACAACGUAGUCAUCAUUGCUGUGGGGCACAACAAUUUUCAAGCAGGCAGUCGAGUCAUUAGGCUUUGCACCUUUUCGAAAGAUGGCCGUCCACAGCUUGGCGAUGGUCGCCUUCCGUCAAAUUUCGAUCCUAGCGAACAGGCGCAAGCCGAAAUCACCACCCACGAUGACGAUGGAACGCCUCGAAACCCUGCCGCUGGCGUCGAAACUGCCUCUGUUUCAAAGGAUUCCCUUGUUCCUCCGAGCCCAGCUGGAGCUUCGAGCAUAGCAAGGCGCAACACCCUGACUCGGAAACACUCACCGUCGACGACAAGCAUGGACCAAUCUGUUCGAGAGGUUUUAAGCAAAAUACCAGCAGAGUCAUUGCAAAAGCUGGGCGAAAAGUUUGAGAACAUCAGGAAAGAGAUGGAAGACAUUCAGGCACAAAUCGGCAAGGACGAAAAGGAGCACAAGGAUCUCAUGGAUGAAUUAGCGGACGAAAAGAAAUCCAAGCGACGGAUCCUCAAGGAAAAAGACGACACAACAGAAAAGUUGAAGAGAGAGAUGGGCUCCACAGACAGGGCUAUGCGAAGCUCGCAGCAGAAGAAGACUCAGCUUGAAAAGCGGUUGAAGGACAAGCAAAGCGAGCUUGGCAAGCUUCACGAUGAGAUUGCCAAGUGGGACAAGGAUAUUACAAAGAUGCAUGAGCGCCAAGGUGCUUUUGAAGAGGACAAAAUGACUGCACAAAACGAGGCCGAUCAAGAGAUCACGACGCUCCGAGUGGACAUUGAUGCUCUGCAGGCUAGCCUUGCGCUUGAAGAGCGAGAGCUCAAGGAGAAAGGCAAGGAGCUCAAGGAGGCGGAAAACCAGCGCAAGAAGCUUCCGGGCGGCGAGGAGAGUGAUGAAUGGCAGGAGAGAGAUCGUCUUCUUCGGCGGGAAUGGGACCUCAAGCACCAGGAUUUGAGCCGCCGACUCGGUUUUGCAAAGGUUAGGAUUCGAAACCAGAAACAGUAUGAACAGCUUUUGCAACAACAGUUGAUGGCAGCGCAACAGUCUGGACUUGCAUUUUCCUACAACCAGGCCAAUUCAUCGGGCGUGGACUUUGACAUUGCGACCCAGAAUCAGCUCAAGAGGCGCAGUCGCACGGGCACUUCUGUGCCGCCAAAUGUGACUGGACCAUCACCAGUCUCGUCUUUUGCCAUAACAGACCGCUCAUACCCGCCGAGCAUGUUUGCGGUCUCACGUGCACCAACUAUUCCGCCUGGGUUUUCGGAGGGAUCCAUGCCACAGCUACCAGGCAUGCCGACUUACGGGGAUUUCUCAAUCGAGUCCAAUGAGGACUUUGCUCGCCAGCUUGAUGAUCAGAGCCUUGCAGCACUAACAGGCGGGGCGCCCCUUAGUCCUACAGCAGCUGCAUUGCUUCCCGCCGGCAUGCUCGAUAUGGUCGAUGAUGACGAGCCUCCCAGUCCAGAGUCUCGACCUGCUCGACAAGGAACCUUUGGUUCGAACAUAUCUCCCGAGAACGAUCCGCAGUCGCCUGUCUCCUCUGGGCGAUCGCUGAGCAUCUCGAGCCCACGCAGCUCGACGCAACACUUGCCCUUUUCUCAAUACACGGGCGACACUAGUGAGAGGAUGUCCUUGAGGGGAGAAAUGGGCACAGCAUCACCCGGAGCACCACGUACGACGGCGAGUAAUCGCUUCAACCUUUUGCCUUGGCUUAAUCGGGGUGAGAAGAACACCGAGGAGCCUCCAGCACUCGGCUCUCUCAAGUCUCAUCAGAGUCAAUCCCUACCGCGGCAAAAUGAUGAUGGCAGCGUCUUGCCUGGCAGGCGACGAAUCAGUCUUUCGGGUGGCGGAGGGUGGAACAUGUUUAAUCGAAAUUCUGCUGGGCCUGGAACACUCGAGACGUCCGGCUCCGGAGGCCUGGUCUCCCGCCACCUCGGACUGUUUGCAAAUGCGGCUGGAGGUGGUUACUCUGAGAGGGAUCCAAGUAGUCCCCGUCCCGUGUCAAUAUCAUCCACAGAUCUACCGAGACCAUCAACUGAAAGUGGUCCCAUCUGGGGUCGACAACAUCAAAACCGAAUUUGGUCACCCGAGGGCGGCGAUCCUUGGUCCUCUAGAAAUCCCUCUAGGAGACCGUCGCUACACGGCUCACCUUCAGCACUGAAGACGACUUUGGCCGACGCCGAUGAUGUGAUCUUGGACAAAGACGAUAUCCUUCGCCGACCGUCCGUGGUUGGAGUGAUUGGUUCCAGAGCUCCAGCUCGAACAUUGACGCAACGUCUUAAUCCGGCGGCGCCCAGCUUCAUGUUGUCGUUCCGAAGUAGGGAUAGGGAGUCGAAUCAUAGCAAAGACAAGGACAAGGGCAAGGCCAAGGUCAGAGACAAGACCGUCUCCAAGGACAAGAAGGCGCGCGAAUCUAUAACUUCUGCAUCAGAAAUUACGGAUAUGGCCUCAUUGGAUGACUCACCCUCUGAUCAUCGCAUGUCGCGAGAUGCCUUUUCGAUAGAGACACCAUCAAUUUCGGAGUCUCGCGAGUCGCUUUCCCUGGACCAAUCAUUCUCUAACACCCCUUCAGAGCCUGCUGUUGGAUCUGGGCUUAAGGAGCCAGAAAGCGGGUUCAGAAAGUUGCUGCGCAAGGGAAGCUCGUCAAAAUUCAGUCUUUCCUCGAUCCGCGGCGUGGGCGGCAAGAAGGGUCCGGGAAGCGUUGCCAAUUCUGACAAGAACCAAGAUCGCACCAGUUUUGACAUUGAUGAACUUCUCGAAGAUAAUGGCACCAUGGCCGCUGCUGCACUUGGUCGUAGCUAUGAUAGUGUCAGUAGCAGCCCUGGCUUUGGUUCUUCAACCUCAACAGGGCGGCCAGGAACCAAGGAAGGCCGCACUGGUUGGGGUAGGUUCUCGAUCAAGAAGAAGCCAGGCAAGGAGCGAGAAAGCCUCGAGGUGGACCACGAUGACUCUGUGCCGCCGACCCCGUCUACUACUACGGAUGAUGACAGCAGAGCUUGA